UUGUAGCAGUGGUGGCAGUAUGGGGCGCUAUCGGGACAGAUUUGCCACACUGUAAACACACACACAGCCCGAGAAGCAUUUCAACACGAUGUCGUGGAACCGUGACAGCUGCCUGACGUGUAAACAAAAUUAGUGCCGUUUUUAAUUUUUCACGCGUUCCGCGACGCUGGACCUGAACUCGGGACUGACAACACGGACGGAGCUGCCUCACCAGCAUCCACAUCAACAAUGCUAACGUUAGCACCGUUAGCUAGCUGCCUGCCAGGCUUAUAAUGUGCUUUCACAUGAAGAAAGACAGGGUGUCGCUGUCAGGUUGUCUUGAAACUUGCGUUAUCGCUUGAUUUGCUGACAGCACAGUGUUUGUUACGGGUGUGAAUAGGACGAGGGACGAGCCUUUGGUCAAAGUAAACACCCUGUUAUCGCCCUAGCUUGUCUUUUAGCUCCUGCUGUUAUUGUUUAAAUCACCAGUGGAAGUGACACAGUUGAGCUAGCCAACAGGACGUCUGAAUGGGGUGGAGUUUCUAUUAGUGUCGCCGCACAGGCUGGAAUAACUCGAGGUGUCGUUUGUCAGUACGGGAAGACUGUGUCAGACAAAAUGUUAUUAAGAAGUUGCUGGAAAUCUCGUCAUAAAAACAGCGCUGGACCUGCUCCUUGUUGUUGUAUCCGACCUGGAUUGACAGCCUUGCUCUGGUUAUGUUUGACCCAGUUAGUGUGCGGCACUGGGGCAGUGAUGGAGACCAAGAACGUGGUCCAAAAAGAUGCAGAGUUUGAUGUGACGUACAACGACACGGUUACAAGCGAAAAUCAGACCAUCUAUGCUUUCAAUCACACCAUAUCCAGGAAUAAGACGGAGGGAGUACGUGUGACUGUGGAUGUGUUGUCACAGGGUUUGGAGAGUCCUAUUUUGUUUGUGGUGCGGCAGAAGCAAGCUGUACUGUCAUUCCAAGUCCCCCUCAUCCUUAGAGGCCUCUACCAGAGGAAGUAUCCUUACAAUCAUGUGGGCAGGACGUUGUGUCAGCCUCCAACACGGGCCGCCUCUGAAACACAGUACUUUUUUGUGGAUGUGUCUACCUUGUCCAGCCUAGGCACAAACUACCAGCUUAGGGUUAGCCGGGUUGAAAGCUUCACCCUUCAGACAGACAAGAAAUUCAGCUUCACCGCCUCACCAUCCCAACCUCAGUACUUUAAGUACGUGUUUCCAGAUGGCGUGGACACUGUGAUAGUUAAGGUCAACUCUGACAUGAACUUCCCCUGCUCCGUGAUGUCUGUCCAGGACAUCCAGUGCCCUGUCUAUGACCUGGACAACAAUGUAGCCUUCACUGGGAUGUACCAGACCAUCACCAAAAAAGGUGCUAUCACUGUGCAGAGAAAAGAUUUUCCCAGCUACAGUUUCUAUGUGGUGGUAGUGGUAAAAACAGAGGACGAGGCAUGUGGUGGUCCGCUGCGCUACUACCCUCUGCAGCCUGAUGAGCUGAUUGACGCCGGCAACCGCAGCAAAGUCCUCGAUGUGAUCGUCUUCCCUGCCAUCAACUCCAAUGUAUAUGUGAUGGGAAUGCUGUUCUGUCUGGGCAUCUUCCUUUCCUUCUACGUACUCACCUUCCUGGUAGCCUGUCUGGAGAACAAACGAAUGAAAAAGAAGAGAGAUGAGUUUGAGAACCCUGCUGACAUGUCGCCUGCUGAGACAGCCUCUCUGCUUGGAAAGAAUGGAGAUGGAAAGACUCCUGCCUCGCAGUAUGAAUACGGCUCUUUUGCUGACAACGGCAGCACGCUGAGCUCUGAGGCCAUCACUGACAGUGCCACGUCUACUGAUAACAAUUACGGAUACAUGGGACAGGAGUUUUUCAAACGUCGACCAAUCGUCAGUCAGCUUCACCACAUAGCCGUCCGCAUUGAGCGAUCGCUGGACAGCAUUGGGCGCAGCAGGCAAGAAUCUCUGAGCUCUGUGGAGGAGGACGACUACGACACGCUGGAUGACAUCAACUCAGACAAAAACAUAGUUCGCACCAAGAAAUUUCUGUGUGUGUCUGACCUGGCCCGCAAAGACAAGAGGAUCCUCAGCAAGAAAUACCAAAUCUACUUCUGGAACAUUGCCACCAUUGCUGUGUUCUACGCGUUGCCAGUCGUCCAGUUGGUCAUCACCUAUCAAACGGUAGUCAAUGUGACAGGAAACCAGGACAUUUGCUACUAUAACUUCCUGUGUGCCCACCCUAUGGGAGCUCUAAGUGCAUUCAACAACAUACUCAGUAACCUUGGUUACGUGAUGUUGGGACUUCUUUUCCUUCUCAUUGUCCUCAAAAGAGACAUUGUCCACAAUCGAGCGCUGGUCCGCAAUGAUCUCAACGCACUGGUAAGUGCUCAGUGUGAUGGAAUUAAGCCUAAAAAUGAUAAGGACCAGAAAAAAAAUGGCUUCACAGGAAGGAGUCAGUGUCUGAGUCAUUUUACUGAAGAAAAAGAAAAGGAACAGUCAGUUCAAAGAUUUGACAAAGGUCAUGUUUUGUUUGUACACAGUCCCAGCUGUGUGCGUUCACUUAUUUUAAUCUUUUCCUGUUUACCUCAUCGAAGCCCCUUCUGCCCCACGCUGCCUCAUGUUAGCACAAACAAAGCUUCAGGGCCUUAA